CGCCGGGGCUUCACACCCAGUGCGAGAACUAGGAAGUGGAAGUGUACACAUGGAGGGUGUGUCUUUUCCUACCUCUAUUUCUUUUAUUUGAAAAAAAAAGUCCUCUGUGGAUGGAUAAAUAAUGGGGGACUCUGCGAAGGAUAAACGACGGGAACAGCUGAAGCGCUGGGCCGGUUCCUGCACGGACAAGGAGCCCGCAGUGCCCCGGAGGAGGUGGCGGGGGAACGUCGACCCAGAGGCCGUAAACAACGACCAGCCGAGGGACCCAUCCCGCGAUGGAGAUGGAGAUGAUGGAAAUUGCACGACCAAAGGCGAGAUCCUCGACCAAGGAACCGGUCCUCUACUUAAACGAAGGGGUCGGGUGAGGUUCGACCGGGCGGCGGAGUUCCUGGCGGCGUGUGCAAGCGGGGACACGGACGAGGCCCGGGAGAUGCUGAAGGAGGCCGGGGAGACGACGGGCAAGGACGCGGAAGACCUAGCGGCCAUCAUCAACUGCUCCAACGCAGACGGCAUCACCGCGCUCCAUCAGGCUUGUAUCGACGGCAGUAUGGAGAUGGUGUCGUUCCUGCUGGCCCAAGGCGCACACGUGGACCAGGUGGACAGCGAGGGCUGGACCCCGCUGCACGUCGCCGCGUCCGGGGAGCACAUAGAGAUAACCGAUUUUCUCUUGCAGAGAGGCGCGUCUUUGUCUGCUGUCAACUGUGACGGGGACGUCCCUCUGGACAUCGCCGUGGACGAGGCGACCGAGUCCCUCCUCCAGGAACACACUCGCAUUCAGGGCGUGGACCUGGAGGCGGCCAAGCGGCUGGAGGAGGAGCAGAUCAUGCUGGACGCCCGCAGCUGGCUGACGGAGGGGCUGCCCCGGGACACCCGCCACCCCCGCACCGGGGCCACGCCCCUCCACGUGGCCGCCGCCAAGGGCUACCUGGAGGCCAUCAAGCUGCUGUGCCAGUGCGGUCUGGACGUGUCGGCCAUCGACUGCGACGGCUGGACGCCGCUCCACGCGGCGGCGCACUGGGGCCAGGCCGAGGCCUGCUGCAUCCUGGCCGAGCAACUCUGCAACAUGGACGCCCAUAGCAACGGGGGCCAGACGCCGUUCGACGUGGCGGACGAGAGCGUGGAGGCCCUCCUGACGGAGCUGGCCCAGAAGCAGGCCAACUGGCGCAGCGAGCGGUCGCUCCUGGAGAGACAGAACCCACCGGGAACGAACCCGGUCAACGCCAACAACAAACGCCGCAGGAGCUCCGUGUGCCGAAUGAGCAGCAAGGACAAGAUCAUAGUAGCUGACCAGUCCAAGGAAAGGGGCAUCUCCGGGGGUCACGAACUCAGCGAGGAGCGCGAAAGCAGCCCCGAGAGCUCCCCUGUGCCCACUCCGGACAGCGAGAGCGUCACAGAGUCCACGGUCAGCCCUGGAGAGAGGAGCGUGGAGGACAAGGAGGACGACGAGGACGAUAAGGCCCUCCGCACGGCCCGGGUGGCCCCCACCUCCCAGUGGCGUGACGCCGGCGGCGGCGGCGGCGGCGCAGACAGCCCCUCCACUCUCAGCGCCGACCGGCGCAAGUUCCAGGCGCCCGUCCGGGACGAGGAGUCCGAGUCCCAGAGGAAGGCGCGCUCGCGCCUCAUGCGGCAGUCACGUCGCUCCACGCAGGGGGUGACGCUCACCGACCUGAAGGAGGCCGAGAAGAGCUCGGGCAAGGCCCCCGACGCCCCCCCCCCCUCCGCCCGCAGCGUGCUCCCCGUCAGCCCCAUCGUCACCCUCACCCCCGCAGAGAGAGACACGGACCCACCGAGGGACGUGGAGGGCGAGUCCCGGCUGGGGGUCAAGGACAAGCGGAGAACCAGGAGGGAGAGGCGCUCCACCGGGAUCGGGCGUCUGGGUCUGGAGGACGAAGAGGAUGAUGACAUAAGCACAGCCAGGACAGAUGAGACGCACGGCAACAGCACCUCCAGUGAUCCUCAACCAGACAACUCUUCACUGGACUACAAACUGCUUUACCGGGGGGUACUGCGGGAGAACGUCACGCUGAAAGAGAAGCUGCAGGAGACGGAGCUGCUGCUGAGCCAGAACAAAGUGGAGCUGGAGAGACUGCGACAGAGCCAAGAGAGCAGCAUGCUGCGACCCGCGCUGCUGGAGCUCGAGCGCUUCGAGAAGUUGGCACUUCAGAGGAAAGCAGUGGAGUUGGAAGAUGAGCUCAAGGUGCUGGUGGACCUCCGGUCGGACAACCAGCGGCUGAAGGACGAGAACGCCGCUCUCAUCCGGGUCAUCAGCAAGCUCUCCAAAUGAGGCUCGGCAGAACCGGGCGGAACCCGGCGGCAAACAGGAAAAACAAAAAAGUGUUAACGGCCUCUCCCCCCGGCGCCCCCGUGCACGUCUCACACGCACGUCACCGAGCAGGGUCGGGGUCCGGGGGGCGUCCGGCGGCGGCGGCGGCGUGACGUUAGACGUAGAGAGCGGCGAUCCUCGCGGGGGCGGCCCGUCGACGCUAUACUUUCAGUGUUUGGUUCGUUUGUGUUGCCUGUGGCUGGGACUGUUUUGGCAUAUCUACUGUACAACGAGCUGAGCGCCACCUCCUCGCCUGCGACCCGGCAGAGCGCUGAUCAGUGGUUCUGCUUCAAGUCCACCGCCCUUUUUUUAAUAUUUUUUUUUUAUUUUUAUUAUUAUUAUUUUAAAAACAAGACUAUUUUGAUGUGCCCUUUGCUCUUGUUGCUAUAUUUUUAAGAUAUACAGUCAUUGGAAAAGAGAGAAAGAAGACCUACUUUAAGCCAUGUACAGAGAUGUCUCUCGAAAGCGAUCGUCUUCAAGGAACGUUCCGGAAAGUGUGAGCGGGUGCGGGGUGUGCGUGUUGGACCGGGUGUGUGUGUGGAUGACUUAGAAAUGAUUUUAUUGUGCCAAAAACAAACCCUAUUUUUCCUGUUGAGUUUGUUGUUGCCAUUAGGUGCAGAGGGGGGAGGGGGAGGGAGGGAGGGAGGGAGGGGGGGGUGGGGGAUGCGCGUGCUUUCUUCUCAGGACUAGUGUCGGGAACGUGCUCUGGACUUGAGCUGACUACUGUAAAGAUGGACCAAACUGUAUUUUUGCAUGUUGACCUCCUCUCUGCUCCUGUGAAUGUGUAUCUAUGUUGUAUUUUUUAUGUAUAGGGUCCCUCCUCGCACAUAGCCAGUGGAACAGUGCUCUCUUUUUGUACUACAACAACAGGAAAAAAACAUGGAUAGGGGGGGGGGGUGUUGGCGAAGCAGACGUGGUUCAUUUUCCAUUCAACCAAUUCAGGGAUUCGAUUUUUCUUGCUUUGUUUCUCUGCUAGCAUCGGUCGGCAGGACUUCAGCCCGGAUACAAAAACCCCUGUUUACAAAAAAAAAAAAAGCAAGCACCGCAUUCAACAUAUUGUAAAUGCCUACAUUUCCUUACAUACACUAGCUCAACUGUACAUGACGUCGUGAGUCUUUGAAUUGGUUUAAUAGAAAGUGACUGGACCUGUUCACCAGAAGGUGGGCUUCAUGCAGACAGUAGUGGGCCAAGUCUUGUGAAUGUUUACUGCAGUUUCUAAAAAAAGGACAACGUAAGUGCAUGCCAAAUUGUAUUUUGAUGAUGUGCCUUUCUCUAUUAAAUUUGUAAUUAAUAUUUCUAUUUUGCUUUGGGUAAAAAAUGUAAAAUAUAAAUACAGUAUGGCCAUUAACAAACAUGGUUGCAACAUGACUUUUAUGUGAUGUGUGUGGGGGGGGUCUGUAUGGUAUUUGUUGGGUGGAUGAUGGUUAAAGAGCAUGAUCGUCUAGGUCCUUAAUGGGAGCGCAAGCUAAGUAAUUUUCAUCUUCUCCCGUUUUUUCGUCUCGUACAUAGCAAUCUAUAGAUUCCGGCUGACUUGCACUACUGUUCAAAAGUUUGGGGUCACCAAGACAAUUUCAAAUUUUCAUGAAAACUCACCUUUUUUCAACAGUUGUGCUGUGCUCACAUAAUUGCACAAGUGUUUUCUAAUCACCAAUUGGCCUUUUAAAACGAUUAGCGUAAUGUACCAUUACAACACAGGAGUGAUUGUUGGAAAUAGGCCUCUCUACACCUAUGUAGAUAUUAAAUAAAAAAUCAUCCUUUUCCAACUAGAAUAGUCAUUCACAUUAACAAUGUCAAGACUGUAUUUCUGAUUAAUUUAAUGUGAUCUUCAUUGACAAAAAAUUGGCUUUUCUUUAAAAAAAUAAGGACAUUUCUAAGUGACCCCAAUCGUUUGAACGGUAUUAAAUGCUGCAGUUAAAUCCCUUAAAUAUUAGGCCAUAGGUACCUAGGGACAUGCUCAAUAGAAAAUGGUGUAGUUUGUAGAAACCAAUUAGUAAUCAAACCAAUUUUAUUCUGAUUAUUUAAUACCUGCCUAUACGUGAUCCCCGGCGGCACAAAAGGGCUCUACCGUAAUAAGCAAGGUGGAGGCGCAAAUAAUCUUAAAUUUAGAAUACGUGACCGGGCUUCUCCAAGUGUAAAUUGCAUGAUCAAAGUUACAACGCAGUUACAUGAUCAAGAAUGUGUGGAUCGGGGGAUCAAGCAAUGUAGAAGAGACCUGUACAACUAAUGUCAGAGGAUCGGAGUUGCCGAUUUGGCAGAUUUAAUUAGCUUUUUAAAGGAGGAUUUAGUUCAUUGUGAAAUAUUCAACGACAAAAUGCCUGGCGUCCCUACGAAACACAAUCGCAAUUAAACCACCAGGUUUGAGUGUGAUUAGACAUAAACAUGUGUGAUGAUUAGUCACUACCAAUUAGUGACAUCACAAGUGGGAGUGUCCAUCUACCCAGUGGAUAAGAACAUUUUGCUUAUCCAUCCAUCUAAUUAUAAUUAGAUGGAUGGAGAGUCCCACUCGGGAUGUCACUAAAAAAACAGGAAGGGGCAGAUUGUUCCCAGUCUUGUGAUGACAAAUCCCUCACACCUGGUGGUAUAACAGGGCCCCUGUCAAUGCAAUGCAUCUUAUGUUUUGCACUUAACCUAUAAACUAACAGCGUGAGAGGGUAGGGCUACCUCUCGCCCUACUGGAAGCCCACCUUAGAUGAGUGCAGCAAAAAAUAGUGCAGGCAAAGUUCAGCAAAUGUUUUAUUGACUUGAGAAGAGCACUCACAAAUGAUCAAAUAUACAACCCCACCAGCAUGCCAGCGUUUCAUAUAAACUGUACAAUGAAAAAGAAUGCAUGAUACAGCAAUACAUACAUUUGAUGUCUGAGGUGCAGGGGGACUUUAACAUUUUUAGACCCACUCCCUUGUCCUAACCGAUCUAUUCUCCCACCCAUCAAAGCCGUCAAUAGGCGGGCCUGGUCUGGUCUCAUCAGGGGUUGCUAUGCCGAGGCCCUAGGUGGCGCUGUGUCUGAGGCCUGGCCAGAGGUGACCACAGCGGUCUGCUUCCCUCUCUGCUACAAGGACCCGGUGACGAAGACCAGACCGUACGCCGCCAGGGUCUCCAGCGAGCAUGCGGCGUCCAGCUCAGAAGGCUCUCUCCCCCCCCCAGAACGCCACUCUCUCCGACCUUCUGAUUGGACAGCUGAGGUCAAGACGUUUUUCAAUGCAGUUUUUUUGUCGUUGUAAUUGUUAAGAAAAAGGGGCCGAUGUGCAUGAUGAAAGGCAAAGCGAAAA